AUGGUACUUACACAGCCCCCAAAGAAAAGUGUGUCCUCAACGGCAUCCGAAACUCUUUCCAGAGGCAAAGGAAAGCAGGAUAACAAAGCAAAGAAACCUCAAAAUGAAUCUACUACAAUGCAGGAACCACCAAGGAUUGAGGAUGCUGAGGAGUUUCCUGAUCUGGCAGCUGCUUCUGAUAGGAGAAGCAGACUGGGAUCUCAGAAAUCAUUUACUCCUGCUGUCUUAAAGCAGUCUGAAGAAACAUCCAGGAACAGUGGUAAGAAGAGUCAAAUUCCUGUGCAGUUGGAUUUGGGUGGCAUGCUUGCAGUUCUGGAGCAGAAACAGCAAACAGAGAAGUCAAAACAGUCUUCUAAACCUGUGGUAUUUUCAGUUGGUGGUGCCAUACCUUUGCUUUCUAAGGAACCUGCUGCAGCCACAAAAAGUCACCGGUUAAACCAAGGAAAGAUGCCUCAUAACCCUUUGGAUUCCAGUGCUCCUUUGGUAAAGAAAGGGAAGCAGAGAGAAGUCCCUAAGGCAAAGAGACCAACACCUCUUAAAAAGUUGACCCCUAGUAAUUAUUUUGUCCAUCAUGACACUGUAACACAAGUUGCUGAAGGGUUUCCGGAGAACACAGGGAUCAGCGAAUCUACAGAAGGUUCUAUUACUUCAAAGCAGCCGACCUCCAGUCUUCCAAAAAUCCAUAGUAGGAAUUUUAGAGAGUAUUGCAGCCAGGUACUUAGUAAAGAAGUUGACAGUUGUGUGACAGAUCUGUUAAAAGAACUGGUGCGCUUCCAAGAUCGCUUAUAUCAGAAAGACCCGGUAAAGGCCAAGAUAAAACGCCGGCUUGUUAUGGGUCUUAGAGAAGUUCUGAAACACCUGAAGCUGAAAAAACUUAAAUGUGUCAUCAUCUCACCUAACUGUGAAAAGAUUCAGUCAAAGGGUGGGUUGGAUGAGACUCUACACAACAUUAUCAACUGUGCCUGUGAACAGAAUAUCCCAUUUGUUUUUGCCCUUAAUCGCAAGGCCCUGGGCCGCUGUUUGAACAAAGCAGUGCCUGUGAGCGUAGUGGGGGUUUUUAGUUAUGAUGGAGCUCAGGAUCAUUUUCAUAGGAUGGUACAACUGACAACAGAGGCCAGGAAGGCCUACAAAGAUAUGAUAGCAGCUUUAGAGAAAGAAGCUGAAGGAGGACUAAGAGAAAGCCAACCCAGUAUCUUAACCACUGACUAUGAAAAAAAUGGCUUCUCAGAAAUGGGUAAAAUGUCUUCCAAGCACUGUGAUGAGGAUGUACCAAAUUAUAUUAAAAUCUGGAAGAGAAAACUUGAAGAGGAGUAUAACCCAUAUGCACUGGAACUGGAAAAGAAUGCCACUGCUGACACGGUGAUUACUAAUUAA